AAUCGGAGUGAAGCCACUUCCGGCCUUCUCUGGCGCCUUCCGCAGUUCUCUUCCGGGUGAUGGCGCCCGGCGCCCCGGAUGUAGCCCUGGUGAAAGUCUCUCUUUUUCUUCCCCCACGGCCUCCCGUGGAUCCUGAGCCCAGGGAAGGCUCCUCAGUCCAGUCAUGCCAAAGAGGAAAGUGACCUUCCAAGGUGUGGGAGAGGAGGAUGAUGAGGAUGAAAUCAGUGUUCCCAAGAAGAAGCCAGUGGAUCCUGUGGCUGGGGCAGGGGGUCCUGGGAGCCGCUUCAAAGGCAAACACUCUUUAGACAGUGAUGAGGAGGAUGAUGAUGAAGAGGAGGGGUCCAGCAAAUAUGAUAUCUUGGCUUCGGAGGAUGUGGAAGGUCAGGAAGCAGCCACGCUCCCCAGUGAGGGAGGUGUGCGGAUCACACCCUUCAACCUGCAGGAGGAGAUGGAGGAAGGCCACUUUGAUGCUGAUGGCAACUACUUCCUGAACCGGGAUGCUCAGAUCCGAGACAGCUGGCUAGACAACAUUGACUGGGUGAAAAUCAGGGAGCGGCCACCUGAUCAGCGCCCACCGUCCGACUCAGAGGAAGAGGACAGCCUGGGCCAGACACCAAUGAGUGCCCAAGCCCUUCUGGAGGGCCUUCUGGAGCUGCUGUUGCCAAGAGAGACCGUAGCUGGUGCACUGAGGCGUCUGGGGGCCAGAGGAGGAGGCAAAGGGGGCAGCAAAGGGGGUGGGCGGCCCAGUUCCCCCCAGCGCUUGGAUCGGCUCUCUGGGUUGGCCGACCAGAUGGUGGCCCGGGGCAACCUUGGCGUGUAUCAGGAGACAAGGGAACGAUUAGCCAUGCGGCUGAAGGGGUUGGGGUCCCGGACCCAGGGACCCCCUGAGCCCACACCCCCACCCUCUCUGGACAUGUUUGCUGAAGAAGUGGCAGAGGGGGAGCUGGAGACCCCAACUCCUACGCAGAAGGGAGAAGCAGAGUUGCCAGGAGAUGGUCUGGUGGACGUGAUGUGGGAAUAUAAGUGGGAGAACACAGGGGAUGCUGAGCUGUAUGGGCCCUUCACCAGCACCCAGAUGCAGACCUGGGUGAACGAAGGCUACUUCGCAGAUGGUGUUUAUUGCCGGAAGCUGGACCCUCCUGGUGGACAGUUCUACAACUCCAAACGCAUUGACUUUGACCUCUAUACCUGAGCCUGCUGAGGGCCCGGUUUGGUGGCCCCUUCUUUCCUGAACUCUCUGGAGGAGGCCCCAGCUGCCUCAGGCAGUGAGGACUUGAGGGGCCACUUUUCAGUCAAUUUCCCUUUCCCAAUAAAAGCCUUUGGUUACAUA